UAUAAAGGAAUAAACUGCUCAGAAGGUAAAAAGAGCCUGUUAAAUUAGCUAUUGUAUUGUUGUUUUUGGUAUUGCCAGCUUUUGAGGCUCUUUCAGAGUCAAUUUACUGUUAAAUCACAAUAUAUAUGUCAUAGGCAGUGUCAGUCAUUAAAAGGUGACUUUUUCUUGGAAGCAAUGUUGUGUGACCCAGAUAGUUGUGUUUCUUCUUUCACCAUGUUCACAGUCAUCACCUACUUUCAAAGGUAUAUAUUGGUAACCGUAUUUCCUCUUAUAAUAGCCGUCCUUCGAUUCUCGCCCCCUUUGACAGAAAUAUUUAAAAUAAUCGCCCCACCCCUUUCACUCUCUUCUCUUUCUUUUAUCCCCUGCCUGUUAAUUAAAAUUGGCACCCUGGUUAACAAACUUGUAAGCUUUCAUUUACUGAUUUGUUUACAACUGAGUAGUUACAAUAAUGAUCAGUGACUACUCAAGCUCUGACGCCGAGGAUAUUGACAUUGAAAAUUAAUAAAAGCAACAAAGUUGGAACUCUCAAAAAGCGCAUUUUCAGUUUAUUUGAUUUGGUUAUUAUUUUUUUGAUAAGUAAUUGGAUAGUAAAAGAAAAUAUUUAUUGCACGACUUUCAGUGAACAAUAUUUGAAAUAAUCGCCUCCCCCGAAUAACCGCCCCCUAAUUGGUGCGUAAAAAUAAAUAAUCGCCCCCGGCUGUUAUUCGAGGAAUACAGUAACUGAUGCGAAUUUGCUGAAAAGUAUUUGUGGAAAAGUUGCAGUUGGCUUAAUUCUAAUUCUGGCUUAAUUUUAGUGUAGAAAAAUAGCUCACAGAAACAACCUUGCCUAGAAGUAUGUCCAGAAGUUUAUAUUUAUAACGAUGAAAAAUAAAUUAUUUGUUAAACCAGUGGAUUGUUACAUUUUAUUCCUUCACCUAGUUACUUGUGAGUCGUUAAAUAACUGUUCGAGUCACGGAAACUGUACUGGUCCAAAUAAGUGCACUUGUGAAAGAGGCUUCAAAGGAGCGGUCGAUUGUUCUGAAGGUUAGUUUUAAGAUAAUCAGACAGAUAUUUAGACGAACCUAUAAAACCAUACACUGUUCUCAAACCCCCAGUAGGCGAAGGGAUAGUUUAUUGAUGGGAGACUAUUAGUUCUUAUGUGAGAAACUUUUUUCUUCCAGCGUGUCAGACACCUUCUGUCUGACACGCUGGAACCCCUUAUAAGACCCACUUUAUUUUACGGUCAAUAUGUUUUGGACGAUAGUACUAAUCGAAGAGACUACUAAAAGUAUGUUUACGUCUCUUUCGUUGCAACAGACAACAGCAAACAGUUUCAAUGCCUAAAUAUAACCUUUAGAAUUCGGUUGAUGCGAAGACAAGUUUCAGCUUUUUAGAAAGACACAAAGUACACCAAAUCCCAUCCUAGAAAAAACAAAUUCUUAGGUGCUUUAUCGAACGAAAUCGGGCGUCCUGGACUCUCUCGACAUUUUGGAACUCACUUGUGCCCUUUAUCGAACGUACUUUUAGCGGGUGACAUCUAACAAAAAACACGUUUCCAUUUUACGGGCACCUCUCUGUCACGGUUACUUUCAGACUAUCAGUUCCCAAGAUACCAAACUUCAUGCAAUCCCCGUCUCUGUAAUACGGACACCUAUGAAAGAGGGGCACUGGACUUUGUCGCUGUAAUGUCCUGAUUAAGGCGGUUUGGUUGUAUUGCUUUGGUCAGUCCAGCUAAAUUACUCGCUGUUUUAUUUCUCUUGCAGUUUCAUGUGAAUCUUUAAAUCAUUGUUCGGGACAAGGUGAAUUGCGUCAUCCACUGGAUAGAUUUUUAUCCGGUGCAUAGCGCUAUCCAACGUUUGAACAACCGGGGCCUGUUCUUUAAGUAAUAACUAACUGUAAUAUCCAUGGUUUCAUUCCCAGUUUCGUGCGAAUCACUGAACAAUUGUUCAGAUCACGGUAACUGCAGCGGACCCAAUGUCUGUACCUGUCAUUCUGGGUUUAAAGGAAUUGCCUGCUCAGAAGGUAUUUUCUGCAUGUAUAAUCUACCCAGACCUGUCCUUUUUAAAAUUUAAGGGAAUAGACAUCGCUUGACGCCGAUCCUUUAAGGCACAGAGUGAUUAGGAUACACAGGCUGGCAUCCAUAUUGUUGUUAACAAGUUCAACUAAUAGGCCUUGUGUAACGACAAAUACGGUUGUAAUUGACUGGGCCACUAGAACGGUAUUAAGUUCAAGUACCAGCUCCGCGACCGAGUGAUUCAAGGGCUAAAAAGAUAACACAAAACAUAUUUAUGAUAUAACAGAAGCAAAGUGCGCCCUUUGAUUUGUCAUAACCUUCCUCGAAAUUGAGAGGUCCUACUCGUACUGAAAUGUUAGUACUCUUGUUUGAAUUCCUUGUUUAAGCCCAACAUGUUUUGCCUACAUUGUUAUUAUUCGUAGGCUUAAAAACAAUAGAAAGUUCUGGCAGGCAAACACGACAACUAUACACGCAUGUUGCUAAUUGCUAACAAUUUUAUGAUUUCUCUCAUAAAUAAAGUUUGAUAUGACUAUUUUAUAACACCAACUUAAAAGUGUGUAAUUAUUGGACGCAGUUUCCUGUUACUUGGUAAACAACUGUUCAGAUCAUGGAGCUUGCACUGGACCAGACGAGUGCACCUGCGAAAAGGGCUUCCAGGGAGAAGAUUGCUCAGAGGGUAUGUAGAAAAGUGUCCGAAUUUUCUUUCUUGUAUGGGGGCGACGAAGAAGGCGCAGGCUAAUAUAUACUUAAGUGAUGCGCCAUUCAAUCAGUAAAAGAUCCAUAACUACCGUCACGAAAAAACGCUGUACGAGUACUAUCCCACGGGCGGUUCCUCCCUGAAAAUUAAUUUGCUAUUAGUCAUGGGGCGUGCAGCUGAGUCUUUGAUGGAAGCUACAAUCAGGGACAAAAGUGUUGAGACACUUCCAUAAAAUAGCCCCGUUUUUACUCAGUGGACAUAUCUAUCCUCUCCUCAUGUGUACCCCUACCCUCUUCCCCCCAAAUCAGACCCUCAAGUCUUUCAUUUACUACAAACAACAAUGAUUCGAGGAUGGGGGUGUUUACGGCGUUUAAACAGAAUGAAAUGAUUGUUUGUUGAUAAAAACGGCGUUUGAGACAAUUGUGUCAACCACUUUUGUCCCUGAUUGUAGACGUAUUUUCGUCUGUCACGCAGGCUAAGUAUACAUUUGUUAUUUCUUUUAUUUGCAGUUGUUCCUGAAGACGAAGGUGGCAUUCUUAAAAGCAUUGGCACGCCAGCUAUCAUUGGUAUCUCAGCUGGAGUGGUCAUUGUUGUUGUGACACUGUGUGCGGUUCUCAUUUUCUAUUGCAAGAGACGUAGAAUGAGAGAGCGGCGCUUGCGCCCUCGG